CAUUGGCGACAUUCCUCAUAAAAAUGUGUGAAUCCACUUUCAUGUUUUACCGAAUCGUUUAACUCAUGUUGACUUGUUGGUAAACUCUACGUGCAUGAGAAAUUGACACAUGAUUAUUAUUCGUCCAUAAAAUGUUAAAACGACAAUGUAUUCAGUCCUUAAAUAUCUGAGUUUGUGUUUGAUAUUGAUGACACAAAUUAGUGAUUGUGCUGAUUAUACAUAUGAACUUGAUUGCAAUAAUCUGCGAGUUGGACAGUACAUUUGUCCUCAUCCUGAAUAUGAUUUGAUUGAUCCCAAGACGCAGCAGCCCAGGGGUUGCACCAAGGAUAAUAAAGCUAAAGUUGUCUGUCUAGCAGCGGAUGGACUAAUUUGUACAGAAUCUAAGAAUAAUACGUUCAAGAGGGAGAUUCCCUGCAAAUGGACCAAUGGCUACUCAUUCGAAACAUCCUUAUUGCUGUCCAUAUUCCUGGGAAUGUUCGGAGCUGAUAGAUUUUACCUCGGAUAUCCAGCGAUUGGUUUGUUAAAACUUUGUACACUCGGUUUCUUGUUUUUGGGGCAAUUCUGUGAUGUUAUAUUAAUAGCAACGCAAAUUGUUGGACCUGCCGAUGGCUCGCACUAUGUCAUGCCAUACUUUGGGGCUGGCAUCAACAUUAUCAGGAGCAAUAAUUUCACAUACAGAGUGCCACAAGAGGAUUGGUGAUGACUAUUAUAAUAAUUAAAUUUACAAGUUUGUACAGAUAGACAAUUUGUUGGAAAUGAAAUAGAGUUAAGAGUUUUUUUGUAAAUUAUGAGGAAAUAUAUAUAUUUGGAGUCCACAAAUUCCAUUUUUCCUCAUUAUUAUACGAGAAGAGGAGAGACGAUAAACCAAAAAUAAACCAAGUUUUCAAGAAAACUCCGGCCUAUUGAACAAGAUCGUGUACUGAUUAAAAACAUUAUUUUUAUUGA